UUUGCGUUGCGUACCCCUCCCUCCUAUCUAUACCUCUUUGUUGUGCAGUAGUUUGUUUCUUCUGUUUUGAUUAAAUUUAAAUCAUCUUGGUGGUAAUAAUUAAGAUCUCGAAGAAGUAAUUUCUAUUGAUAUGGGUCAAGGAAAGAGCCAAUUUACGGAAGAAGAGCUACAAGAUUACGAGGAUCUUACGUAUUUCACGAAAAAAGAAGUACUCUAUGCACAUCAAAAAUUUAAAGCCCUUGCCCCAGAGAAAGUAGGCCACAACAAAAAUGCCAAACUACCCAUGGCCAAAAUCCUGCAAUACCCGGAGCUGAGGGUCAAUCCAUUCAGGGACAGAAUCUGUAAGGUGUUCAGCUCAAGUAAUGAUGGAGACUGCACAUUUGAAGACUUCCUGGAUAUGAUGUCAGUGUUCAGUGACACAGCGCCUAAAGCUGUCAAGGGCGAACAUGCUUUUAGAAUAUUUGAUUUUGAUGGGGAUGACAUGAUUGGAGUGUCUGACCUCCGGGAGGUGAUCGAGAGGCUCUGCGGUCCAGAUCUGAAGCUGAGUGACUCAGAAAUACAGCAACUUGUCCAAAAUGUGUUAGAAGAAGCCGACUUGGAUGAUGAUGGCGCUUUGUCGUUUGCAGAGUUCGAACAUAUCAUAGACAAAAGCUCUGAUUUCUGCCAGGCAUUCAGAAUAAGGCUGUGAAGAUUCCAAUGAAAUUCUGCAAGGUGUGGAAUAUAGGGAAACUUCUAUAGAACUGUCAUCCUGGUGCAUUUACCUGCAGUGUUUAGAGACUUUGUUAAAUUUUGAAACAAUUGCUCUAAUUGGAAAUACUUGGUUAAACUGUUUUUAAACCAGAUCAAAAAUGCUUCCAGUUAUGAACCCUCAUUCCUGGUUGUCACACUCUAAAGCCUGGGCUUGGGUAAAAGAAACUCUAAAAUUUUGAUAACUCACCUGAGAUUUAUGCCCGGCUGCCUGCUUACCCUCUUGAAUCUCUUUUCUGAAACUGAGGGACACUGCAGUGUUGCCAUGAUGCAGACACAGAGUAGGCAGUGUUUGCAUUAUCAUUUUGAGAAUCUCUGUAAAGAUAGUCAUAUACCAAUACUGCCACACUUAUACCUAGAUAUUUCAUAUGAUACUUUAUUAUGUCAAAUCAAUUUAUUUUUAUUAAAAAAUUAUAAUGCAAUCUACAAUUCUUAAUUAUAAGCAACCAUGUUUUAAUAAGUGAAGUGUGUAUUUUUUAUCUGUUUGUUAUUCUAUUUUCAAAAUAUAAAUUUAAAAUCUUAGUAUUAUGGACUAAAUGCAAGAAUCUCAAAUAUUUGUUUAUAGAAUUUUAUACCUAAUUAUUAUUGCUAAAUAAAUGUAAUUUAUGGAAAAUAAA